AUGGAAAAAUUCACUCAUCUGGAAGCUCUGCUGUUUACUGCUGUGCUGGAGAAUUGUGUUGAUCAGCUCUCAAUUCUUCGGUAUAUCAUUCCGGUUUCAUACACAGGCAAGACAGACAUCAGCCAUACUAGCAGCCAGGAAAUGAAAGAAAUCAUAGAGACCCAGAAGGAGCUGGACAUUAACUACCAAGAGCUUAUGUCAGCAAGGCAAGGGAAUGGGGAAACAGUUACCUCCACAUCUCUGAAAAGCAUCGAACACAAGCAGCAGCUGGGGAAAACUGAACAUCAAAAAAAUGUCCCUCAUCUUUCCAGCAGGGCUGUGAAACACAGUGCUCUGUCUGUAGAGAAUCUCAGAAAAAUUCAGGCUGACAGGCAGUAUGCAAAUGAUGUAAUUACCGUCACUAUGAAAAAGAUGCAGGAAUUGGGAACAUUUAAUAGCCUAACAGAAGCUAAUGAGAGGGAGAAGGCAAAAAAGAGCAAGUUUCAUGACAUCCUCAUCAGGGAGGAGGAAGGAAAGAAAGAGAUAAAGUCACUCCAGAAACAGCUGCAAGAUGUCAAGAAAGAAACUGAAAUAGAACUUCAGAACCGAGAUAAUAUGAUUGCCUUCCUCAAAGACGAGCUCCAAGAGACGAAGGCCAAAACAAACAUGGAGAGCUGCUACAUGAAGAACAGCACAGACCUCCAGGUCCACCAAACCCAGAAGAAGUGCAGCAAUGCAGAGCAUCUCCUGGACAAGGAAAUUCAGACGUUGAGGAGCAAAACUGAUGAGGAGAUUCGAGUCCACGUGGAGAUUGAAAAUUUCCUCAGGCAACACCAUAAGAAGGUGGAAGAGAAGCUGGAAUACUGGGUGGACAAGUACGAAAAUGACACAGAUGCUAAAGACGAAGAAUUGGAUGCCCUAAAAGCAUCAAAGGCAAACAACUUGGAAAUGCUGCAGAGACUUGCCGAGGAGUGCCAGACUUUUGAGGAAACUAUCAUCAGUGACCGGGCGGAAAAGGAGGCCAAAAGACGAGAACUAGAGCAGGAUGCCCUGGAGCUGAAGAGCAUCCUGAAGCUGCAGGCGUGGUGGAGAGGUACAAUGGUCCGCAGAAACCUUGGCCCCUACCAGGCCCUCAGGAAGAUGUGGGAGAAACAGCUAUCAAAGCAGAAAGAGAAAGGGAAGAAGGAAAAAUCUGGAGCAAAGAAAAAGACACGAUAA